AUGAAUAUUAAACGCUCUCUCUUUUUUAGUUCUUUGGUAGUCAUCAUAAAAAAUAAAAAAACUUUUGAGAAUACAGAAAAUAAAAACAAACAACACUCUUUUGAUUUUUACAAAGAAUAAUUAACUAAUAAAUUUAAUAUUAAAGAUAGCAUACAAUCAAAAAUAAAGAGAAGUCACAAUACGAAAGAAAAUAUGAAACAAAUUUAUUUGUUCUUUAUAAUUUACUUAAUUAGAGCUUAUUGCAAACCUUGUUAAAGUUAAAAUUUAUAUGGAAAUGUUUGCCAUUCAAGUUAUGUUAAGAAAUUUAUUCUGGAUUAAGACUUAAAUUAAGCAUACUCGAUAUCUGAUGAUUAACUAAUUAUAACAUGGAAUAUUAUAAGUGGUUAAUAUAUCAACAGCUUUUCUGGUCAUAGGAGCUUUUUAGUAGACAUAAACUUAGAUGAAAAUGGAAAUAUUUAUAGCGUAAGUAGUACAGGAGAUAUAAUCAUUUAAAACAAAUAUAAUAGCUCUAUUAAAUAGAUCUUUAAUUGCACAAAUGGUAGAGUUAUCCAAAAUAUAACAAAGUUUGAUUCUACCUUUAACUAUUUUCUCUAUUAUGAUUCUUCAUAAACAAAAGUAAAUUUAUUAGUUUUUUGUAAUAGAAAAUUAAAUAUAAUAAAUACAUUUUUGGAAAAUAUAAUAAUGUUAGAGCAUGUAAAAUAUACUCGACAAACCCUAUUUUUCUCUAUAUUUUUUGAUAAAAAAUAUUGA